AUGAGUCCAUUCCACGUCCUCUUUUCGACUGUCGGACCAAGUCAAGAUGUACUCGAAGUCCUUUUAAAGCAUUUCCCAUACCAAAUUUUGGACGCCAAAGAUGCAAACGGCAAGCAGCCACUGGAUUACUUGGUCUCCAACUGGACCGAAACAACGGCAUCGUUACUACAAAUAACAAUACAACGAUGGAUGGUGGACCCACUUGUUCGUUGGGGUGCUACAUCAUGGGCACAAGUCAUGAGUAAUCGGAUACAAGCGAUACUUGCCGAAGACAACAAGGAUCAAAGGUUGACUUUGUGCAAUGGAGCGUAUUCUGCCUUUACACUAUAUGAACAUUUGGAAGCAACAUCCAUCUUUGAAAUGGCCUUGUGGAAACGGUAA